AUGGACGACGAGGAUGUCGAGGAACUCCGGGUGGAGGCGGUGGUGGUGGAUUACUACAUGAAUAGCCCGUUGCCUGUCAAUGCCAUCAAGAAGAUCCCCACAUCUCCUUGCUAUUUGCGCGCUCGCGAGGUUCCAGUUGUCCGUAUCUUUGGCGCUACGCCUGCCGGACAAAAGGCUCUCAUUCACGUGCACGGCAUAUUUCCAUAUUUCUACUUUCGCGCGGAGGACGACCCGGAUUUCGAGGACCCAGAGCGUUUGCGGACACUGCUUCCUCGACUGGCCAAGGAUAUCGAGGCUGCUAACGCUUCCAAACAGCAACAAAGGCAGCAAAACAAUGGAAACGCAACAACAAGGUUCAAAUCCAGUAGAAUUAUUGCCAAGAUGCUCAUAGUGCAAGGAACGCCGUUUUACGGGUACCAUCCGAGGCCAAAGCUGUUCGUGCAGAUCUUUUUGUACAAUCCACGAGUGGUGACAUCGGUUGUACAGUUGCUGGAAAGUGGAGGAAUUGCUGAACGACGAUUUCAACCGUAUGAGGCACACAUCCCGUUCCUGCUUCAGGUAUUUGCGGAUUACAAUAUUGAAGGAAUGAACUACGUGGCAUUCGGCAACGUCAAGUUCCGAUUUCCCCUUCCAGUGACGCAGGGCCAUUUAGCAGAAGUCCAAGAGUCGGACGGAUACCACGCUGUCUUGCUCCCCACCACCCUAACAGAAAAGAUCAAUGGUUUGGACAAUAGUGCAUUUGCCGUAAGAGGACGAUAUGCACCGGUACCUCAAACUCCGAAACGAUGGUAUGAUCGACAAUCCAGUUGUGCACUAGAGGCUGAUGUUGCAGCUGCAUGCAUCUUGAACCCCAAGCAAUUUGAAUCGCAGCAGAAAGCAGCUGAGGACGCAGGAGAGCUACGUAAUGUGCCGUCGCUGGCAGCUAUUUGGGAGGAAGAACGGCAACGACGUAUCCAGAACGGAGAGACGGCAACACCGACGAUGUCACUGAGCCUCCAACGCAACCCUGCUACACCCAGAGAUUCUUCAAUGAGUGCCUCACCGGCGGCAUCAGCAUCAUCCCUGCUAUCGCAAUCAUUUUUUCAAAAGAAGAUGAGAGAUUCGGUAGACGCGGUGAUGAAGAAAUUUGAGAAGCAAGAAGAAGAUCAGCAAAUCAAACGUGGUGAUGAUGAUCCACUGUCUGCAGGUGACGUGAUGUCAUGCGGGAAUUCAUUUGCUGUCGAGAGCGAAUUUUCUUACAGUCAAGCGGAGCAUGAGAGCGAUUUCGAGCGUGAUUCAGAGCAAAAGACAGCUGACGAGGAUGAAGCAAUUGUAAAUAUUCUUCUGGAGAUGCAACGAGAGGGCGAACCGGUCCACAUAGAGGAUGAAUGGUACGUAAAACACGAGCGCGAUGGGUACAACACACCCGAUGAUAACGAUGAUGACGACGGUAUCGGCAAAUGGGACAAUAGAAAUGACGAAAUUGGCGACAUCUUGGCUUCACAGCGUCUCGUUGAGGAACACAACACGAGUCAAGAAACGGGUACACCGCAAGUCAAUGGUUGGUGGGAUAUUGCGGGGCGCGAAGCUCGUCCAAUUGCAAGUCCACUUAGCGAGCUUGGAAGUCCUCGUGUGGUUCUUCGUACUCCAAAGAAGAUAUCAAAGAAGUCAUCUUCUAGUGCUGCUAGGUCUAUUCGGUUUGGGGCCACUCCGGAGGAUUUACCCUUGGUUGGUGAUAUUGAAGAUCUAUUACCACCGAGACCACAUGAACCGAUACCUUUAACUCCACUGGAAGAGGAAUCCGAUCCAGUGGAUCGUCUCCAACUCUCACUAACGCCACAUCCGCAGCCACUCCGAGUAAAUCCAAAGGCUUCACCAGCGAGAGCAGUAGCAGGCAACAAUCGCUUAUGGGUCUUUAGCCCCGAUCCCCCUACUUUCGCCCAGAUCCUAGAAUCGUCACACACUCUCGGAGUGGAUCCACUGCAGUAUCAACCUGCUUUCUACAGCAACGCAGUCGAUAUACCCAGCAAGGCUAUGGUUUUUGGUGGGAAGAAGUUCGACUUUACACCGCAAAAUACAAGCAACCUACCCGUUUUUGAUACCGCCGCGACACGUCAGCUUUUAGUCCCGCUUUGCAGCGGUGGAAGCAAUGACAAAAUGAGCAAUGCUCCGUGGUGCAAGCUCUCUUGUUUGAAGACACCCAAUGCCCCUUAUGAAAGGGGUGAAAAGGUUCGCCGUUUACGGAUGCCAGCACGAUUACCGCCAGACGCUUCCGUUGUCAAGGCUUGGGUCAGUGAUGCCGGAAAUCGUCAAACUCCAGCCAAGGUACGACGUAAGCGUGCUCGACCGUCACUGACGUCAACGAUAUCGCCCUCGAACAAGCUGACCUUGUCGACUAUCUUGUCGAACAUAACAAUUCUAUCCGUUGAAAUAUUUGUUGGGUCGCGUGGCACUAUGUUGCCAAACCCUCUCCACGACCCGGUCAACGUGAUAUGCUAUGCGGUUGAGGCCCAAGAGGGGCCAACUGAAUUCAAGACAAAGGAACGCGGUUUUAUCAUGUUAAAACCGGACGAUUUGGAGCAAGCAACACUCGAGAGCGUGGGUUUAUGCGUGGACAGCAGCGAGAUAGCAGUGUCAAUUGUUUUAGACGAGCGUGAACUAUUGCACUCGCUGGAGGAUCUAGUAAGGCGGUGGGAUCCCGACUUCUUGACAGGGUUUGAAGUUCAAAAGGCCUCUAUCGGAUAUCUCGUCGAUCGAGCUUCCCAAUUGGAUAUUAACCUUAUCCAGUCGCUUUCUCGCCUUCCGUCAUCCCCGAUAGAUCCUCGAAAUACAACCACAGCACCAGAUCAAGAGGGUGACAGUCAAAAGGAAGCGUCUAUCGGUACAACAUGGGGAGUGAACAAGGCAGCUGGCCUAUGGCUUCACGGAAGGUAUAUACUGAACCUCUGGCGAAUGACUAGAUCUGAGCUUAAGUUGUCGCGCUACGCUCUCGAAGAUGUUGUGUGGGCUGUUCUAAAACGAACUUACCCAGUAUACUCCGCUGAAAAAUUGACGACAUGGUUCCAGGAAGGUGGCCAAAUGCGCUGGAAGGUGAUCCGAUAUUAUUUGGAACGAGCCACGCUUAAUCUCCAAAUCCUAUCAAAAAUGCAGCUGAUCACAAGAACCAGCGAGAUGGCACGUUUGUUUGGAAUCGACUUCUACUCCGUAUUGUCUCGGGGUUCACAGUACCGAGUGGAGGCUGUCAUGUUGCGUGUGACGAAGCGAAAGAAUUUUCUGUUGGUAUCACCGAGCAGAAACCAAGUGGCUGGCCAAGCCCCGAUGGAGUGCAUCCCACUAGUAAUGGAGCCUUAUUCAAGCUUCUAUCCAGACCCCGUCGUGGUUCUUGAUUUCCAGUCUCUCUAUCCUUCACUUGUGAUAGGGUAUAAUUUGUGCUACUCCAGCAUACUGGGUCGGUUGAAGGACGGCUUGAAUCCCGAGUUGGAGACGUCACUUGGGGUCGUCGAUUAUACUCCCAGCGCUGCCGGACUGUUGCGGUGCAGAGAUGAUAUCAUAAUUGCGCCGAACGGCACGUUGUUUUGUCCCAAGAGUUAUCGUCACGGGGUACUUCCACUUAUCCUGGACGAAAUUUUGUCAACUCGGGUUAUGGUGAAGAAGGUGAUGAAAUCGGCAAAGGAGUCAUCUCAGGAACGAUUGGAAAAGGUUCUGAAUGCUCGCCAAUUAGCGCUGAAAAUGAUUUCGAAUGUAACGUAUGGGUACACAGCGGCUGGGUUCUCAGGACGCAUGCCAUGCGCUCAACUGGCCGAUGCCAUUGUUCAGACUGGUAGAUGCACGCUUGAAGCUGCUGUUCGGUUGAUAGAAGGAAGGUCAGACUGGAACGCCAGGGUUGUUUACGGUGACACAGAUAGCGUUUUUGUGCUGCUCAAGGGAAGAUCUAAACAGGACGCGUUCCGAAUUGGCCAAGAAAUUGCUGCCGCCGUUACCGCUUCGAAUCCAAGGCCGGUAACGCUGAAGUUGGAGAAGGUAUACAUGGGCUGCGUUCUUGUGUCUAAGAAGCGUUAUGUGGGCAACAAGUUUGAGUCUCCGACGCAAGAGAUUGGCGUCAUCGAAUCAAAAGGACUUGAAACUGUUCGGCGCGAUUCCUGCGGUGUGGUCCAGCAUGCAAUGCAGGCUUCACUUGAAACGCUGUUUGCAUCCAGCGACUUAUCCAAGGUGAAGGCAGGAAUGGAGAAAUACUGGAUCCAAAUCUUGGAGAACCGUGUCCCACUGAAAGAGUUUAUCUUCGCGAAAGAAGUUCGAUUGGGAACGUACAGCAACGGAAGCGCUCCUCCUGCCGCACUUGUCAGCGUAAAAGCCAUGGGGAAGGAUCCACGAGCAGAACCUCGCUAUGCAGAACGGGUGCCUUAUGUUGUGAUAAACGGACCUCCCGGCGCGCGUCUGAUGGACUUAGUUGUGUCACCCGACGAAUACUUCGACAAGCGGAAACGAUACAGCAUCAACUACCACUACUACAUCAACAAACAGAUCAUCCCGAGUCUGGAACGGCUUUUCCUGCUGACGGGGGCCAACAUCCGGUUGUGGUACGCAGCGUUGCCUCGAUCGUCGGUGAAAGCUCGUCAACAUGUACUGGACACCGCUACGUCUACACGUCCAUUAGGUCGCGGCUUUCGAUCCAUCGACUCGUUCUAUCUGAGCAAGCACUGCCGACUCUGUGGGUCUAUUGGUAACGACACGCUAUGUCAGGAGUGCACUGCCAACCAACAACGAAGCCUGUUAGCGAUUCACACUGCGUCCACGAGGCAUGAAAAGGCGGUGACGGCUCUGAAAGUUGCUUGUACAGCGUGUGCAGACCGAGGCGCGUUCAUGAACUGCCACAAUGUUACCUGUCGCGUGUGGAACCACAUCAAACUAUUUGAAGUUGAUAAGGCCACGCUGACAUACCAAGAGCGAUAA